AUGACAACCUUUGUUUGUGUUUGCAUUCCCGAAUUUCUCUCGCUUUAUGAAACCGAAAGAUUGGUUCAAGAACUCACAAAGUUUGAGAUUGACACACACAACAUCAUCAUUAAUCAAGUAAUCUUCGAUGAUGAAGACGUUGAAUCCAAGUUACUUAAAUCAAGAAUGAAAAUUCAACAGAAGUAUUUGGACCAGUUUUACAUGUUUUAUGAUGACUUCAAUAUUACCAAGCUGCCACUUCUUCCAGAAGAGUAGUGAUCAAGUUAAAAGAUUUCUGAAGAAGAAUUGGAGAAUGUCAUAAGAGGGAAGCGCUAGAUUUCGGAACUGAGACGGUAUCAUUUUAAAGCAAAGGUCUUUGUUUUUGUUAUCUUGUGUAAAUAUCGAUGUCGUAGCGGUGAAGCUGAAUUUUACGCUGAGAUGUGAGAAUGAAAGUGUGUUGUCUUGAUCACUUGGGUAUAAUUAACAUGAAGUUGUUGUGUUGUUUUUGUAUGUUGUAGAAUGAAAGGGUGGCAAAUAUUUAAUAUCUGGUAUAUACAUAACAGUGGUAAAUUACUCACCUAUAGUAUAGCCUUCAAAGGCACAUUUAUCAAAUUCUUAAAGACUUUACGAAAGUUAAUGACUGGGCAUUGUUAA